CAGGACGUAGCUACGUGUACAGAUGACAUAGGAAGUGCAGAAGCGAAGACUGAUGCGUUGAUUUUCUCGCUUUGGAAAAGGACGAAUUGGGUCACUAACUGGAGCUACUGCCGGGGCAGUAACACCAGGAUGUUGCCGACCACCACAUACUCCCCUCAGAGGCAGAACAACGGCAGCCUCAGCCCACGGGACGCAGCACGCCACACGGCCGGAGCAAAGCGCUACAAAUACCUGCGCAGGCUGCUGCACUUCCGACAGAUGGACUUCGAGUUCGCCAUGUGGCAGAUGCUCUACCUGUUCAUGUCGCCACAGAGAGUUUACCGGAACUUCCACUAUCGGAAACAGACCAAGGACCAGUGGGCACGGGAUGACCCUGCCUUCCUGGUGCUGCUCAGCAUCUGGCUCUGUGUUUCCACAGUGGGUUUUGGCCUGGUUCUGGAUAUGGGUGUCUUGGAGACACUGAAGCUCCUGCUGUGGGUGGUGUUCAUCGACUGUAUCGGGGUGGGGCUGCUGGUGUCCACAAUCAUGUGGAUCGUCACUAAUAAAUACCUCAUGAAGUAUCAGAAUAAGGACUAUGAUGUAGAGUGGGGUUAUGCUUUUGAUGUGCAUCUAAAUGCCUUCUACCCACUGUUGGUCAUUCUGCACUUUUUACAAUUGUUUUUUAUCAACCACAUUGUGGUGAUAAGCUCUGACUGGUUUCUGGGGUAUUUUGUGGGGAAUACCUUAUGGCUCAUUGCUAUUGGCUAUUACAUAUAUAUCACAUUCCUUGGCUACAGUGCUCUGCCCUUUUUAAAGAACACGGGCAUUCUUCUCUACCCUUUCGCUUUGCUUGGACUUCUCUAUGUUUUGUCCAUCAGCCUGGGAUGGAACUUCACCAAAGGUCUAUGUUGGUUCUAUAAAUACAGAGUCCAGUAGGAGGCGCCAGAACAGCUAUUUGAAGGGACACUAUCUGUUUCAGUUUGGAUUGUGAUAUAUUCAGAGACGUGUGUACAAACCCACUGUGACUCUUUGGACUCUUUGGAUUUUGUAUACUUUGUAAAUAAUAGUUUGGUUGUAGAUAAAACAAAAGGGACAUAAGGUGGGGAAUGUUUAUAUUUUUUUUUAACUUGACAUACUUUAACUUUUCUGAUAUUAAUCAGAAAUGGUGAAAUUGGUUGGAUAGUGUUAAAGGGAUAGUACUUGCUCUGAUAAUUUUUGGGUGGCUUUCGUGAUACUCUAUUGGAACAAAUUCAAUAAACCAAUUUUUACAGUA